UAAAAAAUCUUUAGGAAAUCAGGGUUUUAGGCAUCUCUCUGACAUGGUUGGAGCCUCGAUUUCAAAAGCUUCCGGCCAAGGAAAUGGAUCUCACACCAUUCUCCCGCAAAAGAGACAGCUUUCUUCUUUAUCUCCCAGUGACAGAACGGACAGAGAGGGUAAGAAACGCUUGACGAUGCUAAUGGAUCUUGAGAUUCUCGAUUGUCCCAUUUGCUGCGAAGCCUUCACAACUCCUAUCUUCCAGUGUGAUAAUGGACAUUUGGCUUGUGCUUCUUGCUGUCCCAAACUGAGAAAUAAAUGUCCUGUAUGUGCUUUGCCUGUUGGUCACAACCGCUGCAGAGCAAUGGAGACGGUUCUUGAAUCGAUCUUGAUCCCAUGUCAGAACGCUAAGUUGGGUUGCACCAAGAAUGUAUUUCACGGGAAAGAAUCAAAUCAUGAGAAGAAAUGCGUCUUCUCUCGAUGCUCAUGCCCUGCAUUGGAUUGCGAUUACACUAGCUCAUACAAGGAUCUAUACCUUCAUUAUAUUAUCACCCACAUGGAUAUGGAAAUAUACCAGAGUAGUAAGUUCAGCUGUAACGUUUCCUUUAUUGUUCGGAUGAACAUCAGCGAAAAAAUGUUGAUUAGGACAGAGUACGCGAAGAGUCUUAUGUUUGCGUUGCAGUGUUUUAAGGAGCCAUACGGUGUGUAUGUGACUCUAAGCUGCAUUGCGCCAUCUGUUCCAGAAAUAGGACGGUUCUCGUAUCAUCUCUCUUACACUGUGGAUGGACACGCUGUGAUUUACAAAUCACCUGAGGUGAAGAGGGUUCAUGAAGUGAAUUUUGAAACCUCUCUAGAUAAUUCCAUGUUGAUCCCUAACAGUUUAUUGCGUGGUGAAAUGUUGGAGAUGAAGCUUUUUAUCAAGGAGUGGUAGCAAGAGUAAUAAGGUUGGGGGUGGUGACAUAGAU